UGGCAAUGGCGGCGUCGGCCGCAGCUGCUGCAGUCGUAGUAGCAAUAGUUUUUUUUGUGCCAAGAUGCGCUUUGUGAGCGUGGUUGCUGUUGCUGCUUCUCUAUAUUUUCCCCGCCUCUGUCAUCGGGUCGACUAGGCUCUGAGGGCUUACUACAGCCAGCUGUUCGGUUUCUGCUUCUACCUUUGCCGCGAUGGCGCCGGUGCAGUUGGAAAGCCACCAGCUGGUCCCGGCUGGGGGUGGGCCUGCCUCAGCCCCGGCUCCGCCACCGCCAGGGGCGGCGGCAACUGCAGCCAGUCCCGGCUACCGACUCAGCACUCUCAUAGAUUUCCUGUUGCAUCGCACUUACGCAGAACUCACCGUGCUCGCAGACUUAUUACCAAGAAAGACUGAUAUGGAAAGAAAAAUAGAAAUAGUGCAGUUUGCAAGUCGUACCCGGCAGCUUUUCGUUCGACUGUUAGCCUUGGUGAAGUGGGCAAAUAAUGCUGGAAAGGUGGAAAAAUGUGCGAUGAUAUCAAGCGUUCUAGAUCAACAAGCUAUUUUAUUUGUUGACACUGCAGAUCGUUUAGCAUCACUAGCCAGAGAUGCUUUAGUUCAUGCUCGUCUGCCCAGCUUUGCUAUCCCUUAUGCUAUUGAUGUGCUGACAACUGGGUCAUAUCCACGACUGCCAACUUGCAUCAGGGAUAAAAUAAUUCCUCCUGAUCCAAUAACAAAAAUUGAGAAACAGAAUACACUUUAUCAGUUAAAUCAGAUUCUUCGCCAUCGACUGGUGACAACAGAUCUUCCACCACAGCUGGCAAAUCUUACAGUUGUUAAUGGCCGUGUUAAGUUUCGUGUUGAGGGUGAAUUUGAAGCCACCUUAACAGUGAUGGGAGAUGACCCUGAUGUCCCAUGGCGCCUUCUGAAACUGGAAAUUCUGGUUGAAGACAAAGAAACUGGAGAUGGUCGAGCCUUGGUUCACAGUAUGCAAAUCAGCUUCAUUCAUCAAUUGGUCCAGUCUCGUCUCUUUGCUGAUGAGAAGCCAUUGCAGGACAUGUACAACUGCCUACACUCCUUCUGCUUGUCACUACAGCUGGAAGUUCUACAUUCACAGACUUUAAUGUUGAUUCGGGAACGUUGGGGUGACCUUGUGCAAGUGGAGCGCUACCAUGCAGGCAAAUGUCUGUCCCUCUCUGUUUGGAACCAACAGGUGGUUGGGAGAAAAACAGGAACUGCGUCUCUUCAUAAGGUCACCAUUAAGAUUGAUGAGAAUGAUGUGUCAAAGCCUUUGCAAAUUUCCCAUGAACCUCCACUUCCAACUUGCAAUUCUAAACUAAUUGAAAGAGCUAUGAAGAUAGAUCACUUGUCUGUAGAGAAGCUCCUAAUAGAUAGUGUCCAUGCAAGAGCCCAUCAGAAACUCCAGGAACUGAAAGCCAUUCUUAAGGGUUACAAUGCCAAUGACAAUUCUUUUAUAGAAACAGCACUCCCAACACUUGUUAUCCCUAUUCUGGAGCCAUGUGGUCGCUCUGAGUGUCUACACAUCUUCGUAGACCUUCAUUCUGGAAUGUUUCAACUAAUGCUUUAUGGACUUGACCAGCAAACACUGGAUGACAUAGAGAAGUCUGUCAAUGAUGACAUGAAGCGUAUCAUUACUUGGCUUCAGCAACUCAAGUUUUGGCUUGGGCAGCAGCGUUGCAAACAAUCAAUAAAACAUUUGCCCACGGUCAGCAGUGAAACGCUACAGCUAGCUAAUUAUGCUGCUCACCCUGUGGGACUUCUCUCCAAUCAAAAGCUCUUCAUCAAGCUCACCCGACUUCCACAGUACUACAUUGUAGUGGAAAUGUUUGAUGUUCCCGGCAACCCCACAGAGUUGGAAUACAAGUAUUACUUUCUCUCUGUGAGCUAUCCUGAAGGAGAUGACAACCCUGCAACUGCAGUUCUGCUACAGCAGUAUAAACCAAAUAUUGAAGAACUGGUUUUAGACACAAAAAGCAGGAGGCAAGCAAAAAGUGGCACAAAACGGAAGCUGUCUGGUGACCCGUGUACCACAGAACCCAAGAAACCAAAACGGUCUGGAGAAAUAUGUGCCUUCAAUAAAGUUCUCGCUCACAUUGUAGCAAUGUGUGACACAAAUAUGCCAUUUAUAGGACUUCGGAUGGAGUUAUCCAGUAUGGAGAUUCCACAUCAAGGACUCCAAGUUGAAGGAGAUGGCUUCAGUCAUGCUAUUCGUUUGUUAAAAAUUCCACCGUGUAAAGGUACAAGUGAGGAAACGCAGAAGGCUUUGGACCGUUGCCUUCUUGAUUGCACUUUCCGAUUGCAAGGCAGAAAUAAUCGCACAUGGGUGGCUGAACUAGUAUUUGCAAAUUGUCCACUAGUUAGCACCUCUUCUAGGGAGCAAGGCCCAACUCGCCAUGUUUAUCUGACAUAUGAAAGCCAAUUGUCUGAACCAGUUGGUGGCCGAAAAGUAGUUGAAAUGUUCCUCAAUGACUGGAACAGCAUUGCUCGAUUAUAUGAAUGUGUGUUGGAGUUUGCACGGUCCUUGCCAGAAAUACCCAGCCACCUAAAUAUUUUCUCAGAGGUCCGUAUCUACAAUUACCGGAAAUUAAUUCUUUGUUAUGGAACUACGAAGGGAAGUUCUAUCAGCAUACAGUGGAAUUCUGUUCAUCAGAAAUUCCACAUAUCACUGGGAACAGUUGGACCAAACUCAGGAUGUAGUAACUGUCAUAAUACUAUCCUGCAUCAACUCCAGGAAAUGUUCAAUAAAUCACCAAAUGUAGUCCAACUAUUACAAGUUUUAUAUGAUACUCAGGCUCCGUUAAAUGCUAUCAAUAAGCUCCCAACUGUGCCAAUGCUGGGAUUGACGCAACGCACCAACACUGCCUACCAGUGUUUCUCAAUUCUGCCUCAGUCACCCACGCACAUUAGGCUGGCCUUUAGGAACAUGUACUGCAUUGACAUUUACUGCCAGAGCCGUGGGGUUGUCGCAAUUCGUGAUGGUGCAUAUAGUCUUUUUGACAACAGCAAAAUUGUUGAAGGGUUUUAUCCUGCCCCUGGUCUAAAGACAUUCCUGAACAUGUUUGUGGACAGCAAUCAGGAUGCACGAAGACGAUCUGUCAAUGAAGAUGAUAAUCCACCAUCUCCUAUUGGAGGGGACAUGAUGGAUUCAUUGAUAUCACAGCUUCAGCCUCAACAGCAGCAAUCUUCAAAACAGACAGGAGCACCAGGGCCUUACCCUUUGACAUCACCCCCCACAUCUUACCACAGUACAGUCACCCCAUCGCCCUCAAUGAUGCUCACACAGUCUCCAGGAACACUUCAUGCUGCAAACUCUCCAAGUGGUGCUUUAAGAGCACCAUCACCGGCAUCAUUUGGCCCAACACCUUCUCCUUCAUCUCUUGGAAUCACAAUGGGACAAAGUGCAAACUUUACCAGCCCACAUGGCACAAUAGAUCCUAGUUCACCGUAUACCAUGAUGUCUCCCAGUCAACGUGCAGGAAAUUGGCCAGGCUCACCUCAAGUGUCUGGUCCCUCUCCAGCAACAACACGUAUGACUGGAAUGUCACCAGCCAACCCUUCCUUACAUUCGCCAGUACCAGAUGCUUCUCAUUCCCCACGGGCUGGAACAAGUUCCCAAGCAAUGCCAACAAAUAUGCCACCACCUCGUAAACUACCUCACCGUUCUUGGGCUGCAUCCAUACCCACGAUUCUCACUCAUGGUGCCUUGAACAUUCUGCUGCUGCCCUCUCCAACUCCUGGACUUAUGCCAGGAUUGGCUGGAAGCUAUCUUUGCUCUCCACUUGAACGUUUCCUUGGAUCAGUUAUUAUGAGAAGACAUCUUCAGAGGAUUAUCCAGCAGGAAACGCUACUACUAAUCAACUCCAAUGAGCCUGGUGUGAUAAUGUUCAAGACAGAUGCCUUGAAGUGUAGAGUUGCCCUGAACCCUAAGACCAACCAGACUUUGCAGUUAAAAGUAGCACCUGAAAAUGCUGGGCAGUGGAAACAAGAGGAAUUGCAAGUUUUGGAGAAAUUCUUUGAAACCAGAGUUGCUGGACCACCCUUCAAAGCCAACACUUUAAUAGCCUUUACAAAGUUGUUAGGCGCACCUCCACAUAUUCUCCGGGACUGCGUACACAUUAUGAAGCUGGAGCUGUUUCCUGAUCAGGCAAGCCAGCUGAAAUGGAAUGUACAGUUCUGUCUGACAAUUCCCCCAAGUGCUCCACCAAUUGCACCUCCAGGAACACCUGCUGUUGUGCUGAAGUCCAAAAUGUUGUUCUUUCUUCAGCUAACACAGAAAACCACAGUUUCGCAGGAAGCUGUAAGCAUAAUUGUCCCAAUCAUAUAUGAUAUGGCUUCAGGUACCACACAACAGGCAGACAUUCCCAGACAGCAGAACUCUUCAGUUGCUGCUCCCAUGAUGGUUAGCAAUAUUCUAAAGAGGUUUGCAGAACUGAAUUCACCACGGCCAGGUGAAUGUACAAUCUUUGCAGCUGUUCGUGAUUUAAUGGCUAACCUUACACUGCCCCCUGGUGGGCGUCCAUAGGCUAUUUUUAGACAAAGGGUAAAAAUGAGAUGAACCGGCAAAAAAAUUUCUCUGAAAUAAAACCUUCAGUUACAUAAAAUGGAAGAGACAUUUUUGCGUGUCACAUUUUUAAAAGAGCUAAUACAAUGGAUUGGCCUACUUUCAGGGAUGCACUUUCAUCAGAUUUUUUUUUUUUGUACAGUGCUCUAUAUAAUGUUUUAAGGAAACAUUUCAAACUAGUAAUAGAUUUAUGUAUCAGCUUGCCAGUAAAUAGAGUUAAUAUUCUGUUUUAUACUACAAAGAUUAUGAA